AUGGAUAGUCAUCUUACGAGUCAGGAAAAUGAACGCGAGGCGCCAAAAUAUCAGAACACUUAUCGUUUGAAUGCUUAUAAUCCUUUUAAAGUAGAUCCAGUGGAUAAGAUUGUAAAGAUGAUAAUGAUAAAUAAGCUAGAAGAUAUCUCUUAUGAUGGUACGGAAUGCUCGAAAAUUUGUGAGUCAGUAGCCACCGAUAUCAGAGAAAAAAUAAAAAAUUUGAACUUUGAUCGAUAUAAAAUCGUGGUCAAUCUAACCAUCAUAGAGAAAGCGAAUCAAGGUAUACAAUCAAUUAUGGGAUUUCUUGCGGACACCGAGAGAGAUAAUUAUUCUACAUUUACAUACGAAGCUCGAACAUUUUACGCUUAUUGUUUUGCAUUUGGAAUUUAUUACGAAUAA